GUGUGGAGGGGUGGGGGAAUUGCAGAGGAGGCUCAGCUGUGGGAAGCGCUCAUCAGCAGUGGCGGAUGGGGAGUGAGCUUGACACUUGAACUGCCGGCACGGCCGAGAAAAUAUCACUAUUAAAAUAUUUUAUAUCAGAGCUGCGCACCGUUUAACCUCUCAAUGGGCAGGAGGGGGAGGGGAGGGUGGAAAAAAGAAAAUCGCUUUGAUACAGACAAUCAAACAGUAACGACAGAAAUUCAUAAUAAAAGCCCUUCAGGCAUGCGUCAGAGCGGACUCCUUAUCUGUUCUGGAGGAGCAGUCAGCCAAGUCGUUAAACAAAGGCCUCCAGGACGGCACAGCACUGCAUCCACAUCAGUCAGUGCCCCCCUUGUGCUUUAAGCAAGGAGAGGGGGAGACACUUGAAUGCAUUCUUAGUUACAGUCGAGCUGUGUUGGGAUAAAAAAGUAAGCGCCAGUCAGAGAUUAAGAAGAGACUAUGCUUGUGUCCCAGGAGCAGAAGGUUGAGCUGCAGACCCAGAGCAAAGACAGCUACCUGAAGCAGCUGGGGGAGGUGGAGCAGCGCUUUGGGACAGUGUCCCGCCAGACCACAGUCCUCAAGCAGGCCCACGACAGACUGCAGGAGAACGUGGAAGAGGCCAUCAAACUUAACAAGAAGCUUACUGCUGUGAAUAAAAGUCAAGAAUCGAAAAUAAAUACAUUUACACAGGAUGUGGAAAGGCUGAACAGCGAGCUGAUCAAGGCGAAGGUGUCGUCGGCGUACCAUUCAGGAGAGGAGAGCUCCAGCCUCCGGGAGCGCGAACGGCAAAUCCAGCCGUUUCAGCAGCGUCUGCAGACGGAAAUUGAGAUGAAUAAAAAACUGCAGCAUGAGAUUGACGUCGCUCACUUGGAAAAACAGGAAGUGAUGAAGUCCCUGCAGCACAUCCAGCAGUUGCUGCACACACAGAGCCAGGCGCUGAGCCAAUCCCAGGAGGAGCUGCUCUCUCAGAGAGAGGAGUAUCAGGCCCUCAAAAGACAGCAUGAGCUGGUUCGGGAAGAGGCUGAAGGGAAGGAGGAAAGAUUUGGGCGUCUGAAGGAGGAGUGCAAAAAUGACAACAUCCUGUGGGGAAAAGAGAAACACGUACUGGAGGAGCAGAUUCAGUCCCAGCAGGAGGAGCUAGGAUCGGUGAAGGAGGCUUAUGACCACCUCCACGAGAAGCACAAACAGCUCUCCUGUGCCAGGCUACAGGCUGAGAACAUACACGGCUUGGAGUAUGGACUGAUGCGCAGCACAGAUGUGACCAGUGUGCUUGCUGAUGGCCAGCAGCCUGAAGACACACACACAAAAAGUGUGUCCUCUGCAGAAGAACAGAUUGAUCCUGUCAGCGCAAGCCAGAGCUGUACACAAGGAAAUGACACCACAAAUUCUGAGCCAGUGCCAGAUAAAAUCAUUGAACCCACUGAGGCUCAGGAAAUGGCAGCAGACAACUCUCCUUUCAGGCCAAACUCAGACUUUCAUGUUGACACCCAGCCUGCCCAAGCUGAUACACCACCAUCUCAUCCCAAUGUGGAAGGACCCAGACAGAGCUGUCCCCCUGACCAGUCAGGACUCGGACCGGCAGCAAGUCCUGUUGCUCCAGUUCUGCCCAAAUCUGAGAGGGGUGCUGCCAAAGAUGGACCUGAGGAUCCAGUGACGAGUGCGCUGACAAAUCCUAACAGGAACCCAGCUCCUGGCAUCUGUGGGAGCAAUCAAGCCUGCACCUCAUUUGACGUGGGUGAGCUGUCUAGUGCAGACAAAAGCAGCAGCAGCAGCAGCAGCAGCAUCAGCAGUAUGGUCCACUGCAGUGGAGGGCUAUCUGUGCCUGAGACCAGCUCUGUUUACGAUGUUGGGAAUGACCCUGGGGCUGGAGGAAUAGGGGAGGUGGGAGUGCAGCAGACGCUGUGUACCCCCGAGGCAAGACGACCCCAGUCACCAGAUAAGGACUCAGACAGUCAGGCAGUCGCUCCUGCACAGGGCCCAGUCUGCACAGAGCCCCAGCCCCAGACCCCAGGGGCCCAAGCCACGCCACAGAGUGCUUCCACCUUCCAAAGGGCAGGUGAGAGUGACACCGUCGCUUCAGCCUGUAAAGCAGAUCAGGCUAGCCAGUUAGGCAGUGAUGGGCCUGCCGAGGUCGCUGCUCACACGCAGCUGAGCAACACCGCCGAUGUUCCACAAGGUCCAGACCCACCCACUUCACAAUCACAAUCACAACACCCAGCUGAAUCAAGCUCCUCACAAUAUGUGGACCAACCACAGAAUUACCUCUGCCAUCUUGGUCUGCAGAUCAGUGACGGCCUAAGCAUCUGUGUCCCGGAGACACACGUUCUUCAUACCCAGAAUGUGGAAUGUUCACCUGCGACCGUAGAGAGAGCGGAAGCAGUCCAAGGGGUCGACCCCGAGAAGCACACUCCAACUGUAACCGCAGACGCUAAACGCAGCUAUGUCUCAGCUAACAUGGGCUCGCCUGAAUUAUUCCCUCCAACAUCCUCUGCCGCGGAAGCAGACCCACCGCAGGUAACUAGGCCUUCUGAGGAACCAUGUUCCAGUGACGGCAAACCGGACCAGGGCAACAUCCCGGCGGGCGCUUCAGUCACACCCCAAACGUCAAGCGCAAACCCAGCAAGGAGGGGCGAUGAGAGGUCACCCUCUCAAGCGUCAGGCCCUUCCAGCGCCCCAGGGACGAAGACACAGAGGUCCUCCUUUGUGUGGGGCGCGCCGGCUAAAAGCCCCCAGCCGAUGAGUUCACACGGCGCGGAGGGCUCUCCUGGUGUCACUCAAGGCAGCCCUGUCUGCACCAUGUCCGUGGCAGCUCCAGGGUCCGCCGGGUCAGAGCGCCGAUCCUCAACACCACAGAGAUUCCAGGAGAUUUCCUCUGCCUUCUCUGCCUCUAUCUUUCAGCGAGACAGACUUAACAAAAGAGACUCAGCAGCUAAUGGAAGAAGUUCAGGAGGGUCAGAUGGCACUGGCGUCCACCCAGGCCACAAAAGAGACCAGCAGGGAGACUGGAAUGCCAUCAGACAGAGCUUCAGCGAGAUGGCAGCAGGCAGGGUAAGUCUACGCCCUCAGGCAAAAGUCACCAGUCAGCAGUACACAGCACUUGCACAUGCAUAUCAGUUUGACUUUCAAUUUCCUGAAGAUGUCAGAUUGCUCUGUUAUAAUUUCUGACGGAAAGCAGCAGGAAGCCUUGGCCCCUAGCAUCCAUCGCGGAGAAGUGGCCCAGCUCCACUGGGAGAAGUGGUGGAAUUGCGGUAUCGGCAAAGCCUGCCUGAGUUUCCCCUCUUCAUCCGUUCAUAGGUGUUCAGAGCAUGUUUUACUCUUUAUCCAUGCCUUUUCUCCCAUUCAAAUAACACACAAAAUAUGGCACAUAAAGUAUAGUUCAGUUGCUUUGAGUGAGACACAAGGCACUCAAACCCCAGCCAAGAGUCAUCUUUUUUGUUUUCCAUUUGAAUUCCACAUUUCGGCGUCUGCGAGAGCACAGCGCUGAGCCGCAGUGACACUACAGGGCUGGGCGGUCUCUGCAGAGUUUGCGCACAUGUAGAAUUUAUUGCCUGUGGGAAGGCACUUCCUAAUAAUGUUCUGCUACCAACGUUCACUCACGCACUCAGUCAUUCGAUUUCCACAGCCAUCAGCCGGUGUCACUCUUCCGCUUAUUGCAACCAGAUGCAGCUAUUUGAGAGGAAUGGAGGAGAAUUGCUUGCGGGAAAGAAGAAAAAAAAAACUAAACUAAAAGUAGUUUAUGUACAUGGAAGGAUAGAUAGAGGGCUAUGUGGAUGGUAUGAGGGUUAAUUAUCAGCCAUAGCACAAACACAGUGGUCUCAUGAACAGAGUGGGGGUGGGGAAGAGAUGAUGGCAGAUCGUCUCCUGCUCGCUCCCCUCCUGAGCAAUAUGACCCAGAGAUUGAGGGGAAGGAGAAGUAACUUGAGCAGGGAGUGUUAUUUCCAUCAGCUGUAAAUCGUGUAGACCUCUAUUGAAUCUGAAGGGGUUGCCAUUACAUGUCAUGACGGUCCUGAUGUCUUGGUAGGGGAGCAGAGUGUCCAUCGCCUUCAGCUCCCCGGCAAGUGGCGUGGCGACAGCUAUCUCCGGGGGUAAUGGUUUGCGACAGGAUUGCACUCCCUCCAGAUCCUUUACCCGCCCACGACCCCAGGGCCAGCCAGUGGUCGAGGGCCGUACACAGGGCUCCCAGGGCAAACCAGAGCGGCCGCGCGACGACAUCCGAGCCCAGAUAGCAAAGAUUGAGCAGUUUUUGAGCUCAGAAGGGGUAAGCCUUCCCAAGAAGUCCAAAAUGGAGACAAGAGAAGAUGUUGAGCUAUGAGAGAGAAAAACUUAAACAGCUCUGUUGCUUUCAAAUACAUAUGUUCUAGAACAGUCAAAGAUAGGAACAUGGCUAGUUUUGUUUUGAAAAGUCAGUAACUUUUAGAAAAGAGAGAGACAAAUUGACUAUUUAGGAUGAUAUUGUUAUGAUAUUGUUUAAUGUUAUUUAUUUAUGAUUUCAUUUUUAAUAAUAUUUAUUCAGAUGACUAGUUCUGUGUUGUUCCUUAAAAUGGCUGUUUUAUUGUCUAUUUUAGCUAUAAACAAACUAUUUCUGUAUUACUGCUGUCUUAAAGCUAAUUUAAGUCCUCUACCUUUAUCUUAAUACUUCUUGAAAUAAAACAACUUUCUUAUAAUGUGAAUUAGUUGUAUUGCAUAACACUGUAUCUGGAUGAAAUACGUCCUUGACGUUGGUGUAUUUGUAUCCUGUUGCUCCUCUGUGAAGUAAUCAGACUGUUGGCAACAGCCGCUAGUUGUCCUAUGUGAUGUAAUUAACACUAAUUACAAUCAGGACAGUGCCAGGGCCACUCGAACAUUUAAUGGCCACAACAUUCAUUUGCAUGUGCAGCACUCAUCCCAUGGCUAACUUGGCCUAAUUAGAAUACACAAGUAACAAGAAUCAAUUAGCACACAUUAUCCUAAAUUAACGAAUGCAAAUGAAGCUCUCAUUAAGUUUAUGUUCUGAGCGAGGAGGCUGUGUAGACCAUAUGGA